GGUCCUCUGGGUGAGAAGCAAACGAGGGACCCCACCCGUGUGUAGGAUAUGAGUGUCCCUCAUUGCCCUGCUGUGGCUGGGUGUCUCAUUGUAGAGAUGAGGCUGUUUCUGGCCCUGGCAGGUGUCCUGGUCACACUCGCCCUGGCCCAGCCCUGUGAAGCCACUGCUCCAGCCUCCCCCAGAGCAGUGGAGACCUCGGUCCUGUGGAACUGCAUAAGAGAGGCCAAGCUGCUGGUGGAUACUGCCUACAACCAGACUCAGAUAAGCAUCAAGCAGCGCCUUCACAGUGGCUCGGCCAGCCCCAUGGACCUCCUGUUCUACUUCAAGCAGCCUGUAGAGGCCACCAGGACAAUCGUUCAGGCUGCCGAUUAUAUGCAUGUGGCCUUGGGGCUGCUGGAAGAGAAGUUACAACUCCAGGGGUCCACCUCCUUCAACGUCACUGACAUGUUAACAGAAUCCCAGCUGUGGCUGCUGUCCAAAGCCAGCGGCUGUGCUCCCCGGGACCAGGUGGAGAAAUGCAGUAACGAGUAUCGCACCAUCACCGGGAGAUGCAACAACAAGAAGAGACCCUGGCUGGGGUCCUCCAACCAAGCCCUAGCUCGCUGGCUGCCAGCCGAGUAUGAGGAUGGGCUGUCGCUCCCUUUCGGCUGGACCCCUAACAAGAGGCGCAAUGGCUUCCUCCUCCCUCUUGUCCGGGACGUCUCCAACCAGAUUGUGCAGUUUCCCAGAGAAAGGCUGGUGUCCGACCCAGGCCGGGCCCUCAUGUUCAUGCAGUGGGGCCAGUUCAUUGACCAUGACUUGGACUUCGCCCCCGAGACUCCAGCCAGAGUGGCCUUCACUGCAGGUGUUGACUGUGAGAAGACCUGUGCCCAGCUGCCCCCCUGCUUCCCCAUCAAGAUUCCAUUUAAUGACCCUCGAAUUCGGAAUCAGCGUGACUGCAUCCCCUUCACGCGCUCGGCACCCUCAUGCCCCCAAAACAAGAGAAACGUCCGAAACCAGAUCAAUGCGCUCACCUCCUUCGUGGACGCCAGCAUGGUGUACGGCAGUGAGGUCUCCCUCUCCCUGAGGCUCCGCAAUAGGACCAACUACCUAGGACUGCUGGCUGUCAACCAACAGUUUAGAGACAACGGCCGGGCCCUGCUGCCCUUCGACAACCUGCACGACGACCCCUGCCUCCUCACCAACCGCUCUGCGCGCAUCCGCUGCUUCCUGGCAGGUGACCUCAGAUCAAGUGAAACCCCCAAACUGGCAGCCAUGCAUACCCUCUUUAUGCGAGAGCACAACCGGCUGGCUACUGAGCUGAAACGCCUGAAUCCCAGGUGGACUGGAGACAAGCUGUACCAGGAGGCUCGGAAGAUUGUGGGGGCCAUGGUCCAGAUCAUCACCUACCGAGACUUUCUGCCCCUGGUUCUGGGCAAGGCCCGGGCCAAGAGAACACUGGGUCCCUACCGGGGGUAUAGAUCCGAUGUGGACCCUCGUGUGGCCAAUGUCUUCACCCUGGCCUUCCGCUUUGGCCACACCAUGCUCCAGCCCUUCAUGUUCCGCUUGGACAGCCGGUACCGGGCUUCAGCAUCUAACUCACGUGUUCCGCUUAGCUCCGUCUUCUUUGCCAGCUGGAGAAUUGUGCAUGAAGGUGGCAUCGACCCCAUUCUCCGAGGCCUCAUGGCCACCCCUGCCAAGCUGAACAGUCAGGAUUCCAUGCUAGUGGAUGAGCUUCGGGACAAGCUGUUUCAGCAAGUGAGAAGGAUCGGGCUGGACCUGUCAGCUCUCAACAUGCAACGCAGCCGAGACCACGGCCUCCCAGGGUACAAUGCUUGGCGGCGCUUCUGUGGGCUCUCCCAGCCUCGGAAUCUGGCAGAGCUCAGCCAAGUGCUGAAAAACAAGGGUUUAGCAAGGAAGUUCCUGAAGCUGUAUGGGACACCGGACAACAUCGACAUCUGGAUUGGGGCCAUUGCAGAGCCUCUUUUGCCAGGGGCCCGAGUGGGGCCUCUUCUGGCUUGUAUUUUUGAGAACCAGUUCACAAGAGCCCGAAAUGGAGACAGGUUCUGGUGGCAGAAAUGGGGUGUUUUCACCAAGCGACAGCGCAGGGCCCUGAAACGGAUUUCCUUGUCUCGAAUUGUGUGUGACAAUACCGGUAUCACCACUGUUUCGAGGGACAUCUUCAUGGCCAACACCUACCCCCAGGGCUUUGUGAACUGCAGCUGCAUUCCCAGGUUGGACCUGUCAGCCUGGCGAGGCAAAUGAGGCUUAUGCAGGAGUCCAUCCCAAGUCUCUGACCUUGGAGGCAAAGGAAUCUGGUGAAGACAAGGCUACCCUCUCCCCCUGAGCAACAUUAUCCUGCUGAUGGUUUUGCUGACCACAGCUCAGAGCUGGUUCUUUGGCUGGGAGUAAUAACUAGGGCACCCAGCAGCAAUGACCCUACCUGCCUUGGGAGCCAAGCGAGAAGGUCUUGAGGCCAAUGCAAGAAGUCACCUGGAGGGUUUCCAGCCACUUUCUUCUAUUUCCCAGCCCAUCCCCAACCACAGAGUCCCAGACUAAGCUACCCCAUAAUCCUCCUCGGGAGCCUGCAAGCAGGACAGCAUGAUCUACUUCUGCCAAUGAAGCACUGCUGAGGGCAGGAGCUGGUUUCUGUGUGGGGCUGGGGAGGGUGUGACCUCAGUGUCAUGCUUUGCUCCAGAUGUUUAAGAGAAGUGCUGCUAAGACACAUCUGGCACUCAUCUCUAAGCCUCUCCCGGGGACUGAGUUAAGAAAAUCAAAAGAAAUACUCUAGAGUAGGAAAACGCAGAAAAAGGGAAGGGAAGCGGUGGUAGGGGCCC